GCCCAGCCCAGCCAUUCUACAUAAUAACCAUGCCCUGCUGCCCCUCCGUCCCCUCGGGCGCCUCGUGCGUGCCAGUGCAGUGCAACCUCGAGGCUUGAGCUUCGUCGGCCCACUUGGUCAAGUCUGUCUACUUGAGUAUCUCAAGUAACUUGGAGAUAUCGUGUGUGCACAUACACACAAAAGCCCCUACACACACACACACACACCGAACUGGACCCAGGUGCCGCAACGAUGCCUUCGGUCCUCGUCACCCUCACACGUCGUGAUGCGUCACCAAGCACCGGUACAGACACGGCUGCGAGCACAAGCACAUCCACCACAGACCCAACCCGACCAUGGAUAAUACUCGCAGCCGUAGCCGCCCUCUUGACGCUCGGCGCAUGUACCGCAUUGGUCGUCAUCUCCUUGUCAAAACGACGCCUCCUCAAGCGACAACUCGACGAGAGUCGACGGCGGGACUCGGGCUUCGACUCGGGCCUCGACUCGGGCCGCGCCUGGGAGAAGCCAAGCAGGAAGCGCAAGAUGACAGCAGAGGCCCUAGAGAUGGAGGCAGAGUCAACCAGGACGGCAAUCAUCAGGAAAUCACUGGCCGGCCGGACCGCAUCCUUCGCCACUUCACACCGCUCCAGCAUGGCAGAGAGGCCCGAGAGCGGCGACGGCGACGGCCCGAGGUACGACUGGAAGGACUUCGAGGCGGGCUUCUCCCGCCACAGCUCAGUCGCGUCCCUGAGGAGGUCCUCUUCGCCCAUGCCCGAGCUGCCCGCGCCUACCCUCUCGCGCUCGUCGUCACCGAGUAGGAAUCCUUUGCUCGUGGGGCGGGCGGAGCUUCCCCCACCGCUCGAGCAGCACCCUUGUUUGAGACAAUGAGCCCGCCUGAUUAGUAGUAAAGAGGCAGCUUGAUAUAUCAACAGCAGCAUUUCUCACGACUUUUAGGGGUUCCUUUACUCUACUAAGUCUAGUUAUAAUAAGUAUAUAUAUUUAGUCUUAAUUUAAUUAGCGGAAUAUAACCCUUAAUAGCACCUA